CCUUUGUGAAAAACUCAAGGCAUCAGUAGUUCGUGCUCAGUCCGCUGAAGUGGCCGGCUUUUGAACCAUGCCCCAGCCCGAGCCCCGGAACAAUUAAGCCCGCCGAGAGAGAGAGAGAAGCACGUCUUUGGGCGAGCAAGGCCUCACGCUCAAGCCUCGUAGCACAAAGUACAGCUACAGGACAGAAGGAGAGAGAGAGGAAGAGGAGCACCUCGGCAGACUGGGACAAAGAAGACAGCAGAGAGAGAUGAGUCCUGAGCACUGCAGCUCGGUGAAGACACAACACAGCAGACACGUGAAACUAUAACUGCAGGAAAACACCGCCCAUCACCACUGGUAACAGAAAGGGAGGCGUGGAGGGAGCACCAGUGAGUAGUUCAUCUGUCCGUCAAGUCAGCAGCAAUGCACCGGCUGAUGUGGAGCCUGUGUGCCCUGCUCUGCCUCUCCCUCUGGGAGGAAAGUUACUGUAGGAGCUCCAGGGAAGCCCGGAGAGCCAUUGAGCCUUCGCUCCAUAGGAGUAAAAGAGCGCCUCUGGAUCCCGAUGCCAAAAAAUGUUCCUAUACCUUCCUGGUGCCUGAGCAGAGAAUAACUGGUCCGAUCUGUGCCAGCACCACGGGCCCAGAGCCAGACAAAGACAGAGUGACCCGUAUGGACAUCGCAGACGUGCGGGAGGUGCUGAACAAACAGAGGCGCGAGAUAGAGACGCUGCAGCUGGUGGUCGACGUGGAUGGCAACUUGGUCAACGAGAUGAAGCUGCUCCGGAAAGAAAGCAGGAACAUGAACUCCAGGGUGACCCAGCUCUAUAUGCAGCUGCUGCAUGAGAUCAUCAGGAAAAGAGACAACUCUUUGGAGCUGGCCCAGCUGGAGAACCGUGUCCUCAACGUGACCUCCGAGAUGAUGCGACUGGCCUCACGAUACAGGGAGCUGGAGGCCCGCUUCGCCACAAUGGCGGGGGUGGUCAACAACCAGUCGAUCCUCAUCUCUGCGCUGGAGGAGCAGUGUCUGAGGACGCUGGGACGCAGCGAGCUGCCCGCCGUUCCCCCACUGGUGCAGGUGGUGCCGCAGAACAUUCCGGUUAACAAUCGCUUCACCAAUGAGAUACAGAGAGACAAUAACAACCGGGCGUUCCCCCGAGGUUCGCGGAGGGACACCCCAACCGCCAGCCCCUUUGGGAUUGAUCCUCCGCCGCCACAGGGCACACUCACCUCUGAUGGUCCUUUCAGGGAUUGUUACCAGGUUCACCAGGCGGGUCACACCACCAGUGGAAUGUAUCUACUGAAGACUGAUGGCAGCGACCGCCUGAUCCAAGCCUGGUGCGAACACGGCCUCGACAACGGAGGAUGGACCGUAUUGCAGAGGAGGAGAGACGGCUCAGUCAACUUCUUUCGAAACUGGGAGAACUACAAAAAAGGCUUCGGGAACAUAGAUGGAGAACACUGGCUCGGGUUGGACAACAUUUACAACCUUGCCAAACAAGGUAAUUAUAAGCUCAUGAUUGAGCUGGAAGACUGGACGGGAAAAAAGGUCUACGCCGAGUAUAGCAGCUUCCACCUGGAGCCAGAGACUGAGGGCUACCGGCUGAGGCUGGGCACAUACCAGGGCAACGCUGGAGACUCCUUCACCAGUAACAAUGGGAAGCAGUUCACCACACUUGACCGGGACAAGGAUGCUUUUUCUGGUAACUGCGCUCAUUUCCACAAGGGAGGCUGGUGGUACAACGCCUGUGGUCAGACCAAUCUGAAUGGCGUGUGGUACAGCGGAGGGGUUUACCGCAGCAAGUUUCAAGAUGGAAUCUUUUGGGCAGACUACGGAGGCGGUUUCUAUUCCCUCAAGUCGGUCCGCCUCAUGAUCCGACCAAUUGACUAAAGCCUGAAAUGUAGCUCCCUUCAAAUGCACCCCGUCAUCUCCAUUAUCUUUAUUUCUACACAUUAAAAAAAAAAGUACUGGAAAUACACAAUCAGGAAUCUCUGCUAUUGCUCAACUUUGGCUUGUGCAAGACAGCUGAAGACGAGACAGUGGUAUGCAUUUAUGGCCAAAUGAUAACGACUCCCAGCAGUCUGCAUAGUGGCUAGUCAACUUUAAUGAAGACUGAUGCUGCUGGCCUCAGUAAGUACCUGCUCUCCUCCACAUAUCACUGUCCAUCAAAUCUGGACAGUAAUGAUACAUGGAGCCCCGGGGGGCGGUCAUAUAUUACUCUCAUGUGUCCCACUUUUACUCACUCCUCUGGAGACUCAUUAUGUAAUAAAGGGAAAUGGUUAUUUACUAAAGACAUAGGAUUUCUUCUGCGCAGCUAUUGGUGACUUAUUCAAAGCAGUGUAACCCAUACAAUGGGGCACUGGAUGUACUGGGAUGAUAAAACUUAAAAGCAUGAAUACUGAUGCAGUUUGAAGUUGUGAACACCUGACAAACCAAAUGGUGGCGGGACCGACCUUGUUUUACCUGCUGUGUACUUAUUUGUGGGAUUUGUCUGGACUUUAUGGGGGUUCCGAUGCCCAACCAUCUUCCAAUAGAAAGUGAAGUUGUGCAACAAUAUGUUUGUCCAAUGUGCAAAUGGCUGGGCUGGCUUUGGUAUGUACAUAUCUUUACCUUUAUUUGUGAAAGUUAAUUUAAGAGGUGUGAUUCUACUCAGGCCAAAUGUUCACAGUGUUGUCACUCUGCCAUUGUUUGUUAUUUAUCAGUGUAUUUAUAGUAAAUAUAGUCAAAGCCAUUUUAUAUCUGGCCCUGUAACAAUAACAGCUAUUAUUUUUUUAAUCCCAUGUAGAGACAUGUCAGUAACAGAAACACACAUGCAGCAGAGAUUUAAAAAAAAACCUGAGUGGAUAUUUAGUUGACUUGAGGAUGGAGCACAUGUGAAAUGCACUGCCAGCCAUCUGAGAAAAAUAAAAUUUUUUACAAACAUUAAACUGUCUUUCACUCUUU